UAGCUACGCCCCCCCUAUGAGGUAUCUCACGUAUGGAACUUUGUCUUCAGUGCAACGGAAAUCGUCUACAGAAGUUACAAGCCACGGUCGUUGAGCCAGUCACUUCAAAGUAAAAGAACAUCAAGCAUUGCAAGUUCAAAUUUUUCAGAAGACUCCUGUCAUUGCCGCCAGAGCCUAGCUGCGAAAUGGUUCUCAACCAAAGACUGGAGCGAUUUCUGAAGACGGAGUCGCCACAGCCAGAAUGGGUGCAAAAGAUUGUAACAUUUUGCAAGAGACGGCCCUCUGAAAAAAUUGCGUUUCCGUUGGUCAUUACCAGCUUCUGCGUCAUAGAGUUCAUCCGAUCAGUCGACACGAGUAUCCUCACGUUCCUCGUCAGAGCUGUUGCCGAAGAUCUUCACGCAAGUACAGUGGACUCAUACUGGUGCAGCGCGUCCUACCUCUUCAGUAUGACAGCUACACAGCCUAUCUUUGGAGGCAUUGCGGAGGUUGUUGGGCGAAGAACAUGCACUCUCUCAGCGACAAUCAUUUUCAUGGUUGGUAGCAUUGCAUGCGCAACGGCUAAAGACAUUUCUUGGCUAAUCGGAGCCCGAGCACUCCAAGGUUUAGGUUCUGGAGGGAUGGAUAUGGCUUUCAGUCUUAUCAUUGUUGACAUAGUCUCUUUACCACGAAGACCAAUGUACGUGGCAUUGCUUCAGCUUUGCGCUGGAGUAGGACUGAUAUUUGGUGGGCUGAUUGGCGCACUUGUCAUUGAGAAACUAUCAUGGCGCUGGGUCUUUUGGAUCAAUCUACCAUUGACCGCUGUUCCGCUGCUAUGCUUUAUUAUUGUACUACAUGUCGAAUUCACUCCGAAAUCAUUCUCCCAACAAAUCAAAGCUAUCGACUGGACAGGUACUUUUCUUAUCAUAGCCUCGCUUACAAGUCUUCUUUUUGCUAUUUUCGGUGGUGGCGUCGUAUACCCUUGGAUCUCUAAGGAGGUAUUGGGACCACUCAUAGCGGGCAUAUGCGGGUUGGUUCUAUUCAUUCUAAAUGAGAGGUAUGUGGCAGACCGGAAUUACAUUCAGCCACUCAUGCCACUACGAAUUUUCGGUAAUCGUACAGCGGGUGUUGGGUAUUUUAUUGCUUUUAUACACGGCAUGAGUCUCACUAUAAUCUCAAGCAUCUUUCCCCUUUACUUUUACAUCACGGAUGAAUUGUCUUUCAUUCCUACAGCUGUCCGGAUGCUGCCUACUCCAUUAGUCAUCUCCUGCUGGGUUAUAGCCGCGGGCUAUGUUUUGAAUAAGACAAAGAGGUUCAAGUGGUCAAACGUGCUUGGGCUGGUACUUUUGGCCGCUGGCUUCCUGCUAUUAUUCACUCUCAAGUAUCACUCGUCUCUAGGCCAAGAGAUUGGCUAUCAAGUUAUCUACAGUGCCGGGAUUGGGAUUCUAUUUCCAGGCCGGAUCAUGGCUGUCCAAUCUGCACAGGAGAGAGAUGAGGAUGUUGGCCUGGCUGCAUCGUUAAUCUCAGUGACACUCAAUCUUGGUCAAUGUUUCGGUCUUGCUUUAGGAGUUGCUCUCUUCGACAACUUCUGGAAUAUACGGGUCCGAAAAAUACUUCGAGACGGAUUUAUUCCACCAAACGACAUUUUCUAUGGCAAUGCAGUCCAGGAGAACCUGGAUACUAUCAAGUCGCUUCCGGUGGCUAUAAAAUGGCACUAUCAGCGCGUUGGAGCUGAAACUUGCUCUUAUAUAUUCUUGAUUUUUGCAGUAGUCUCGGGCUUCACUCUCUUCUUAUCAUUGUUUUCAAGGAACUUAAGUUUCGAUAGAGAAACGAGAACAAGGCUUGUGACGCACGACUCGAAUACGAUGUCGACUAGUUGCUCAGGUAGUAUCGAGAAGUCUUCCGCUGAUGAUGCAGCUAUGGCGGUUGUGGCCUGCGAUGACGGCUCUGGAAAUUGUCUUCGAACUACUGUGUGAACAUUAACGAAGUGCUCUGUUGGCAACAACCGAAGCAUACCAUGGAAGGAAAGCGGCGGUUUACCCUGCAGGAAUGGCGGCUAGGCGAU